GAAAUUUUGGGUGUUAAAUUGAAAGAGGGGGGAGAGAUGUACAAAUUACUUGUGCAUGUGCUUUUCAUGCUUCUACAUGGUGAAGUCUCAUUCUACAGUCUUUCUGAAUGUGAUGGCUUGGAGGAGGAGGAGGAGAAGGAAGAAGAAGAAGAAGAAGAAGAAGAAGAAGAAGAAGAAGAAGAGGAGGAGGAGGAGGAGGAG